CUCACAUUGCUUCAGACUACUUAAAUUUCCCAACCUGUGCGACAAACAGGGGAAUAUGAAUUAAUUUCAUUAUAAUUGGACCAUCACAGCAACAGACUUGAUCCCAACAUGCAUGGCUGAUUUCUCCGGACACAGCACAUUAGCCGGCUUUGCUCGUUUGUUCACUAGAUCUGGGGGUAUCAUGUAAGGUGACAGGACGAUCAAAGGUGCCUUUGGACACAGAGUGUAGUAGAAGCCUGCAGCACCAGCUUCUCCAAGUCCCUAACAUCCCUGGAAACCUCUUAGGUAGCUGACCUUCAUACCUUGGGUCUGUCCCACUGUCUUCCCAAGGUCUGUCAUGAAUGUACGAACUUCUGCUUCGGCACUUAGCAAUGUGUGCUCAUGUUCACUUCUCUCAGGAGUUCUCCCUGUCCAAUUUGCCCCCACGUGGCUUCUGCUGCACACUCUGUUGUGUAGGAGUCGUUAGAAGGAGCACUCUGCUCUGUUUGGGGUAAUUGGUUUUCAGUGAGUGUCUUCCUUGUUCUGGUGUGCAGUGGUGUGAGCCAAUAGAAGAAGCAAGACAGCUUCUCUUCCCAGCCAGAACAGUGUCAUUCUGCAUCAGGUCAUGAGUGCCAUCAGGAGUCUCUCACCUAGCCUGACCAGUGCUGGUGGUGGUUGGUUAUAUUUUCUGUGCACAGCCACUUCAGGCAACCUUAGAGCUGGACUGUAGGAAACGCCAUUCUUCAGUGACCCACCCAGCUGAGAUGUCAUUUCCGGCCAUGUUUCCUCGUUUCCUCUUUGUAAGCUGAGCAGACUCAGCAGCAAGAUGAUAUAAGCCUCAGACAUGAGAAUGCUUGAAGAAAGGGUUUUUAGCUAUGUGGAGUUAGGUUUCCAGAUGUCUUCAGCUGAGGCAUCUGACUGAUGGAGAAGGGACCAUAAGCCACCUGCCAGUGACAGGCCUAUCUCAAGGAAGUGAGUGCCAGGUCUAGGGUGGAAGCUCUCCUGGAAAGCCACGGCUCCAUUUGUGCACUUCUGAGGUGAGCAGAAAGCAGAAUGCAGAUCCAGGAGACCCUAGAGACCCCAAAGUUCCUUGCUCCACCCCAUUUUCUCCACAAGUCUGUUCUUUUCUUUCUUCAAAUACAAAUUCCUCUACUUUGACUGUCAGGAAUGGCUAAAAGCGGGAGUGUUUGUAUGCUGCCUAGAGAUACAGAUAAAGUAAAAAGAUAGGAAAGGGGUCACUUAAUAUCCCCCCCAAAAAACCAAAAAAACAAAUUCCUCUACUUUGUCAGGAACAUCUUAAAAUGACAUAGUAUGGCUGCUUCCAAGCUGUCAGUUUUAUAUAUUAGUAUUUCUGCCAUGUGGUCAGAUAACUGACUCUUGUUCUGCUCCAGAUCCUUAUAGGAAAGGGUCUGGAUUUAGGUCAGAUGUCCACCCUGAUAUCCAUAAGUACCAAGAGAGAGUCACCUUGUACAAACAAAGCUGCUAUCAGCACACCCUAAGGGACAGGGACAGUUAGAGCUUGUGGCCUAGAAUUUCUUGUGAUACAGACUUGGAACUCCCAAAGAUUUCCCGCCCUGGAAAAUCAGGUCAGACUCAUAUGAAAUUAUGAUUUAUUGGUUGAUUCAUUUUAUUUAUGCCAAGACCUUUUGUUUUGUACAUUUUGUAGUUUGGAGCCCUUCUUGCUAUUGGAAGUAGCAGCAUCCUUUUGAUUCAGUUGAAAUAACAAUGCCCAGGGCAUUAGAUGAUCACCCAGUGUCCAGAUGGAUUCUUGUCUGGUGUCUUUAAAAGGGGCAGCUAUGUAAGCUCUUUAUGUGAUGAAACAUGGCAGCCAUUCUUCAGUGACCCACCCAGUUGUUCUCUUUGAAUCACUCUUCAGCAGCUUAGACGCCUGAACUUGAACCACUGGCCCAGUGCAGGCCUACCCCAACCCAGUCAAAAUACAAUGAGAAAUUUCCGUUUUCAGAAGUGGUAUGGAACUCAGUUGUUAACUCUGAGACACUCCUUGAUGACCGCCUUCUACUUGAUGUGCCUCACGGUGUGAUCACAGGCCUUGGGCAUAAAAGAUCUUUGAUAUCUCUUUCCUGAGUCUCCUCCCUAUCUGUAAAGACUCUGAGAGGAAAUUCAUCAUCUUCUUUCCUGUCUGCCCACCGUGUGCAUAUCCCACGGGAGAGAACUGAGGCUCUGAGAAGUGACCUUAAGGUCAUUCUGAACCAUGGUGGGUUAUAAUAGUAACUGAACUUCUCAGUGCCCAGCCUGCUCCUCUGCUGCACAGCCCUGUGGGAUAGAGUCUAAGUAGAAAGCCAUGUCUCUGGAACCUGGCAAGCUCUCUGCUCCUUGGUUCUGUAGCCUCCAGGGAAGGCCACACUGUAAGAAGGCCCAGCCCUCCGGACACUUUCCCCCUUACAUGUAUUUGUGAUUAUCUGUAAGAAAAGAUAAAAGUUCUCUAUUAUCUACUCUUUCAAUAAAAAUUUAUGAAACUGCCUGAUUUGUGCCAGAUUCUAGAUCAGGCACAAUGUCCAUUGCUGCUAUCGAACUCAGGAAGAAAGUUCUGCUAAGCUUAACUCUAACCAUUUUAGAUGGUCACUUGAAAAAUGCAUGGGUCCAAAAAGCAUGUCCAAACACCCAUUACAUCACCAUCACAUGGGGUUAGCCCUGAGCAUGGACUUUAUCCCAGCCAAGUCCCUCUGAGGGAGCCCUAAAUAUAGAUUAAUGAAAUGUGACACAUGCCCUGUGUCAUGUCCUGCAUUAGAUAUUUUAUAUUUGUUAUUUUACUUAAAUGUCAUGACAAUUAGAAGAAAUUAGAAUUGCAUAUAUUUACAGAUGAAUAAAUUGAGGCUCAGACAAUAAUAGUUAACCUCCUUCACCAUGCCCCAGCUGCUCUGGUAGUGUGAACACACUCAAUCCUAAUGGCAGUCUGGUGGUCAGCUGCGACUGUCUGUAUUUACUCACUUAUUUCUGGUGGUGCUGAGGAUGGAAACCAGUGCCUUCCCUGUGCUAGGCGAAUGCUCUGCCAUCUAGCACAGCCUCCUUCUAAUCAUCCUUUUAAAGGUGAAAAUGCUGAGAGCCCAAAGGGUUAGUUGUACCGCUCAGAUGAUAUGUGUAAGUAGCACACCUUGAUUAGGAUUAGUGAGGAGCCACCCAACCAGGGCCAGCAAAGAUCGCAUCAGCUGUCCCUGGAAUGCCAGCCUCGUAUUCUUGCCAUCAGAAGUUGAUCAAGGUUGACCUCCUCCCUGAGCCUACAUGUCAAGGCUCAGAGUCUCUUCCUCAUCUUGUACACUGCAGGGGUGUUCGUGUUUUGUGGUCCAUGUCCUACAAUAGCCUGCUGUUAGGCAUGCUGAGGAUUGCCACAUGUAGACUCUUUUGGCUCAAGUACCGUAAACCUAUAAUUAUAUUUUUAUGUGUCUCCCAUCAUUGAUAUUUUCCUAUGCAAUGUGGAAACCGUUUUUCAGGUUUAAAUUUGAAACCAUUGUCUUGCAUUUUAAACCUCAAACUGGAACUGGUAUAAUAUAACUCCUUGGGAAGCAUGUGCCCAGCAUGCAGAAAACUUUGAAUUCCCAGCACCAACCACAAAUAAAAUAUAACAAAACCUUACAUUAAAAUGAGUUACAAGUGUCUCAUUUUGACACAAGGAAGGUUACUGUGGCAAGAAGGACAUGUACUUUUAAAUGGAAAGACAAACUGUGAAUACUGCAUUGAUAACACUUAAUCUUUUCAAUACAUUGGCAUUUCCAGAGUUCUUCAGAAACGAUAUUGUACCUUCUUGCUUACUGGCUUAUAAACUAUCCAGUGGUUCCCUUUCCAACUUGGAAGCCUCCUUAAUCCCUGAUCCUUUUUGAUUUGUUUACUCAACAAAUAUUUAUUGAGAGUUAGACACUACAGAUACAACUGUGGACAAGACAGACAGAAAAUGAAUAAUAACCAUGACAGAGGCUACAGGGGAGACUAGAAGGCUCUGCUAAAGCAAUAGCAAUGGCCUGAAGACAAUUGUGGGCGCCCUCAUUCAGUCUGUGAAGAAGCUGUCAGAUGUGAUGAUCUUGACCGUGUUCUGCUUGAGUGUUUUCGCCCUGAUUGGCCUGCAGCUGUUCAUGGGGAACCUUCGAAACAAGUGUGUGGUGUGGCCCAUAAACUUCAAUGAGAGCUAUCUUGAAAAUGGCACCAGAGGCUUUGACUGGGAAGAGUAUAUCAACAAUAAAACAAACUUUUACAUAGUUCCUGGCAUGCUAGAACCCUUGCUCUGUGGGAACAGUUCUGAUGCUGGGCAAUGCCCAGAGGGAUACCAGUGUAUGAAAGCAGGAAGGAACCCCAACUAUGGCUAUACAAGCUUUGAUACUUUCAGCUGGGCCUUCUUGGCAUUGUUUCGCCUUAUGACCCAGGACUACUGGGAGAACUUAUACCAGUUGACCUUACGAGCAGCUGGGAAAACAUACAUGAUCUUCUUUGUCUUGGUCAUCUUUGUGGGUUCUUUCUACUUGGUGAACUUGAUCUUGGCUGUGGUAGCCAUGGCUUAUGAAGAGCAGAACCAGGCAACAUUGGAAGAGGCUGAGCAAAAAGAAGCUGAGUUCAAAGCAAUGCUGGAGCAGCUCAAGAAGCAGCAGGAAGAGGCCCAGGCUGCUGCAAUGGCCACUUCAGCAGGCACUGUCUCAGAAGAUGCCAUUGAAGAAGAAGGUGAAGAUGGGGUCGGCUCUCCACGGAGCUCAUCUGAGCUUUCUAAACUCAGCUCAAAGAGUGCCAAGGAGCGUCGGAACAGGCGGAAAAAGAGGAAGCAGAAGGAGCUCUCUGAAGGGGAGGAAAAAGGAGACCCCGAGAAGGUGUUUAAGUCUGAAUCGGAAGAUGGUAUGAGAAGGAAGGGCUUCCGGCUGCCAGACAACAGGAUAGGGAGGAAGUUUUCCAUCAUGAAUCAGUCGUUGCUGAGCAUCCCAGGCUCACCCUUCCUCUCCCGCCACAACAGCAAAAGCAGCAUCUUCAGCUUCCGGGGCCCUGGGAGGUUCCGAGACCCCGGCUCUGAGAACGAGUUUGCAGACGACGAGCACAGCACGGUGGAGGAGAGCGAGGGCCGGCGCGAUUCGCUCUUCAUCCCGAUCCGGGCCCGCGAGCGCCGGAGCAGCUACAGCGGCUACAGCGGCUACAGCCAGUGCAGCCGCUCAUCGCGCAUCUUCCCCAGCCUGCGGCGCAGCGUCAAGCGCAACAGCACCGUGGACUGCAACGGCGUGGUGUCGCUCAUCGGGCCCGGCUCCCACAUCGGGCGGCUCCUGCCUGAGGUGAAAAUAGAUAAGGCAGCUACAGACAGUGCAACAACUGAGGUGGAAAUCAAGAAGAAAGGCCCUGGGUCUCUCUUAGUCUCCAUGGACCAGCUUGCCUCCUACGGACGGAAGGACAGGAUCAAUAGCAUCAUGAGUGUUGUCACAAACACACUAGUGGAAGAGCUGGAAGAGUCUCAGAGAAAAUGCCCACCAUGCUGGUAUAAGUUUGCCAACACUUUCCUCAUCUGGGAGUGUCACCCCUACUGGAUAAAACUGAAGGAGAUUGUGAACUUAAUCGUCAUGGACCCUUUUGUAGACUUGGCCAUCACCAUCUGCAUUGUUCUGAAUACACUAUUUAUGGCGAUGGAGCACCAUCCUAUGACACCACAGUUUGAGCAUGUCUUGGCUGUAGGAAAUCUGGUGUUCACUGGCAUUUUCACGGCAGAAAUGUUUCUGAAGCUCAUAGCCAUGGAUCCCUACUAUUAUUUCCAAGAAGGCUGGAACAUUUUUGACGGAUUUAUUGUCUCCCUCAGUUUGAUGGAGCUGGGUCUUGCAGACGUGGAGGGGCUGUCAGUGCUGCGUUCUUUCCGAUUGCUCCGAGUCUUCAAAUUGGCCAAGUCCUGGCCCACCCUGAACAUGCUGAUCAAGAUCAUCGGGAAUUCCGUUGGUGCCCUGGGCAACCUGACCCUGGUGCUAGCCAUCAUCGUCUUCAUCUUUGCUGUGGUGGGGAUGCAGCUCUUUGGGAAGAGCUACAAAGAGUGUGUCUGUAAGAUCAACCAGGACUGCGAGCUGCCACGCUGGCACAUGCAUGACUUCUUCCACUCCUUCCUCAUCGUCUUCCGAGUGCUGUGUGGGGAGUGGAUCGAGACUAUGUGGGACUGCAUGGAAGUGGCCGGCCAGGCCAUGUGCCUCAUUGUCUUUAUGAUGGUCAUGGUCAUUGGCAACUUGGUGGUGCUGAACCUAUUUCUGGCCUUGCUUCUGAGCUCCUUCAGUGCAGACAACCUUGCAGCCACAGAUGAUGACGGGGAGAUGAACAACCUGCAGAUCUCCGUCAUCCGAAUCAAGAAGGGUGUGGCUUGGACCAAAGUGAAAGUGCAUGCCUUCAUGCAGGCGCAUUUUAAGCAACGGGAGGCAGAUGAGGUAAAACCUCUGGAUGAACUGUAUGAAAAGAAGGCCAACUGCAUUGCCAACCACACAGGUGUGGAUAUCCACCGCAACGGCGACUUCCAGAAGAAUGGCAAUGGCACCACCAGUGGCAUCGGUAGCAGUGUGGAGAAGUACAUCAUUGAUGAGGACCACAUGUCCUUCAUCAACAACCCAAACUUGACUGUUCGAGUGCCCAUUGCUGUGGGCGAGUCUGAUUUUGAGAACCUCAACACCGAGGAUGUUAGCAGCGAGUCAGACCCUGAAGGCAGCAAAGAUAAACUGGAUGACACCAGCUCCUCUGAGGGAAGCACCAUUGAUAUCAAGCCUGAAGUGGAAGAGGUCCCUGUGGAGCAGCCUGAGGAAUACUUGGAUCCAGACGCCUGCUUCACAGAGGGUUGUGUCCAGCGGUUCAAGUGCUGCCAGGUCAACAUUGAGGAAGGGCUAGGCAAGUCCUGGUGGAUCCUUCGGAAAACCUGCUUCCUCAUUGUAGAGCACAACUGGUUUGAGACCUUCAUCAUCUUCAUGAUUCUGCUCAGCAGUGGCGCCCUGGCCUUUGAGGACAUCUACAUCGAGCAGAGGAAGACCAUCCGUACCAUCCUGGAGUACGCAGACAAGGUCUUCACCUACAUCUUCAUCCUGGAGAUGUUACUCAAAUGGACGGCCUAUGGCUUCGUCAAGUUCUUCACCAACGCCUGGUGCUGGCUCGACUUCCUCAUUGUGGCUGUGGUGGUGAAUGCCUUGGUGGGCGCCAUCCCCUCCAUCAUGAAUGUGCUGCUGGUGUGUCUCAUCUUCUGGCUGAUUUUCAGCAUCAUGGGAGUUAACCUGUUUGCGGGAAAGUAUCACUACUGCUUUAAUGAGACUUCUGAAAUCCGGUUUGAAAUUGAUAUCGUCAACAAUAAAACUGAUUGUGAAAAGCUCAUGGAGGGCAACAACACGGAGAUCAGGUGGAAAAAUGUGAAGAUCAACUUUGACAACGUCGGGGCAGGGUACCUGGCCCUUCUCCAAGUGGCAACCUUCAAAGGCUGGAUGGACAUCAUGUACGCAGCUGUAGAUUCCCGAAAGCCUGAUGAGCAGCCUAAAUACGAGGACAACAUCUACAUGUACAUCUACUUCGUCAUCUUCAUCAUCUUCGGCUCCUUCUUCACCCUCAACCUGUUCAUUGGUGUCAUCAUUGAUAACUUCAAUCAACAAAAGAAAAAGUUUGGAGGUCAAGACAUCUUCAUGACAGAGGAACAGAAGAAGUACUACAAUGCCAUGAAGAAACUGGGCUCCAAAAAACCCCAGAAGCCCAUUCCCCGCCCUUUGAACAAAAUCCAAGGGAUCGUCUUUGAUUUUGUCACUCAGCAAGCCUUUGACAUUGUCAUCAUGAUGCUCAUCUGCCUUAACAUGGUGACAAUGAUGGUGGAGACAGACACCCAAAGCAAGCAGAUGGAGAACAUUCUCUACUGGAUUAAUCUGGUCUUCGUCAUCUUCUUCACCUGCGAGUGUGUACUCAAAAUGUUUGCCUUGAGGCACUACUACUUCACCAUCGGCUGGAACAUCUUUGUCUUUGUGGUGGUCAUCCUCUCCAUUGUGGGAAUGUUCCUGGCUGAUAUCAUCGAGAAAUACUUUGUUUCCCCAACCCUAUUCCGAGUCAUCCGAUUGGCCCGCAUUGGGCGCAUCUUGCGUCUGAUCAAAGGUGCCAAAGGGAUUCGUACCCUGCUCUUUGCCUUAAUGAUGUCAUUACCUGCCCUCUUCAACAUUGGCCUUCUGCUCUUCCUGGUCAUGUUUAUCUUCUCCAUCUUUGGGAUGUCCAAUUUCGCAUAUGUGAAGCACGAGGCUGGCAUUGAUGACAUGUUCAACUUCGAGACAUUUGGCAACAGCAUGAUCUGCCUAUUUCAGAUCACAACCUCGGCUGGUUGGGACGGCCUACUGCUGCCAAUCCUAAACCGCCCCCCUGACUGCAGCCUAGACAAGGAACACCCAGGGAGUGGCUUCAAAGGUGACUGUGGGAACCCCUCCGUGGGCAUCUUCUUCUUUGUCAGCUACAUCAUCAUCUCCUUCCUGAUCGUGGUGAACAUGUACAUUGCCAUCAUCCUGGAGAACUUCAGUGUGGCCACAGAAGAGAGCGCUGAUCCACUGAGCGAGGAUGACUUUGAGACUUUUUAUGAGAUCUGGGAGAAGUUUGACCCUGACGCCACCCAGUUCAUCGAGUACUGUAAGCUGGCAGACUUUGCAGAUGCUCUGGAGCAUCCUCUCCGAGUGCCCAAGCCCAACACCAUCGAGCUCAUCGCCAUGGACCUGCCCAUGGUAAGCGGGGAUCGCAUCCACUGCUUGGACAUCCUUUUCGCCUUCACCAAGCGGGUCCUGGGAGACAGUGGGGAGUUGGACAUCCUGCGGCAGCAGAUGGAGGAGCGGUUCGUGGCAUCCAAUCCUUCCAAAGUGUCUUACGAGCCUAUCACAACCACUCUGCGGCGCAAGCAGGAAGAAGUGUCCGCGGUGGUCCUGCAGCGUGCCUACAGGGGACAUUUGGCUAGGCGGGGCUUCAUCUGCAGAAAGAUCACUUCCAGUAAGCUGGAGAACGGAGGUACACACCGGGAGAAAAAGGAAAGCACCCCAUCCACGGCCUCCCUCCCCUCUUACGACAGCGUAACUAAACCUGACAAAGAGAAGCAGCAACGGGCAGAGGAAGGAAGAAGGGAAAGAGCCAAGAGGCAAAAAGAAGUCAGAGAGUCCAAGUGUUAGAGGACAUCUAGAAGGGAAGCUUACACUGGCUUAACAAAGACAAGUGAAAGCUUGUUUACAAACUUCCGCACCUCAUGGAUGCAGAGCAGCUGUGGAGACGCUGUACUGGAAGACCUAUACCAAACAUAGUCUGCUUACAUGUGACACAGUUGCAUCUUGUGCAGUGACCUGCCGAGGACAAAGGACCCUGCCCCUGGACUCAAGAUUUUCUAUCGCUUGGGCCGGUGGUUACUGCAUGUUCCACACUCAGUCAAUGCAACUUAGGACUACACAACAGGAUACAAAACAGAGGUGGCUGCGGGACCAGCAGAUUGCCAUCGCAGCCAAACGGAUUUUAUUUUUUCAUUUGUUGAUUCUAGAAGCAGAGAGCAUCCCUUUAAAAGUUUGUUUGUUCAUGCAAACAAUAUUUGCAUUCUUACAUUAGUUAAGCUAAGCAGCAAAAAGAAACACACACACACACACACACACACACACACACACACACACACACAUUCAGCCUAUGUCACUAAUUGUCUAUUUCUUUGACAUAAACAGCAUCUUCUCCACAUGGGCGUCACGUGGUUUGGAGAUGGGUGGGGGAAACAAUCAGGUUUUUUCAGGCUGAGGAGGACUUGCUCAGGCCAAUUCCAAAUAUUGUGCUCGUUCAAUGCGUAGAAAUGAUUUGCAUGAUGGCAUGCUUUGAUCAGGAGUCAUGCAUGAGAUCCAUACACCACAAGACACUAUUAAUCCUGUCCCCUGCAUUGGGUCAGCCUUUGGACGGGACCCAACCCUGCACCGUUCACUGUAUUUGGAGAAAUGGUAAGAGUUCCAUACCGGCUGCAAUUCUUUCUGAGUUCUAAGAAGUCUUUCAUACACCUCCAGGUAGGGAAACAUAACUAACCAAUUGACCACCACCAACAACAGAAACAAUCCAACCCAACAAGCAGAUGGAUCCGUUGUGUGUACAUGUUUAACAGACAUCUCAACAUACAGCCAUUGUUGCACAUUUUGCAAGGUAAACUAUCUAAUGCUGCUCUGUCCAGUACAUGGGGAGACUUUGGCCCCGAAUGGCUUGUACUAUUAAUGUCACUGUAAAACCAAAUCCUAGGGCUAAAAAAAAAAAACAAAAAACAAAAAACAAAAAACAAACAGAAAAAGAGUUCAUUUGUAUCUUGC